CCAAACUUAAAAAGCGACUGCUGGGCGGGCGGUCAUAUUUAAAGCUCCAUAGGCAGCCGAGAGAGGGGAUAAAGAGAGAAGAAGGCUCUCCUACUCGAACGCGAAAACCCAAACUUGUUAAGCUUCAAUCAAUCGACAAUUCAACAUCCUCCUCCCAAGAAGAAGAUGAGUACUAUGAAGUUUUGCCGUGAAUGCAACAACAUUCUGUACCCGAAGGAAGACAAAGAUCAGAAGAUUCUCCUCUACGCUUGCCGUAACUGUGAUCACCAGGAGGUUGCAGAUAACAAUUGUGUUUACAGAAAUGAAAUACACCAUAGUGUUGGAGAGCGAACCCAAGUCCUGCAGGAUGUAGCUGCUGAUCCAACCCUUCCACGUACCAAGUCGGUGCACUGUGCUCAGUGUGGUCAUGGAGAGGCUGUUUUCUUUCAGGCAACUGCUAGAGGGGAAGAGGGUAUGACGCUGUUCUUUGUUUGCUGCAACACAAACUGUGGUCACAGGUGGAGAGAUUGAAAUUCAUGUCUAACCAGUGGCAUAGUUGCCAAGAAUACUGCUGGAUUAGCUAUAGAACAAUUCUAGGAAAAAGACUGACGGUAUGAAUCAGUGUACUUUUCCAGUUAUCUCUUUUUAAAUUCUGUACUGGAAAUCUAGGUUAAGUCUUUCACUUUCUGGAUCAGCAACUAGUUUUUAUCCUUA